AUGCAAAACUACUGGCCCACCCGAAUCCUCCGCACGCCCCGCUACAAAUACCACCGCAACAUCGCCUGGCGUCUAGAUUUCCCCUUCGCCGCGGAUCUCUACGCCAGCCGUGCGUUCGAAGAGAUUCGGAAUAUGCCUGCACCAGUCAUGGUAGGGACCAGGACCCUCAAGAAUUAUAUUUUCCGCCCAGCUGAGGAGCUCUAUGAUCUGGAGCAAGAUCCUCAGGAGGUUCGGAAUUUGACUGGUGAUGAGAAGUAUAGGGAAUUGCUGCUUGAGAUGCGUGAGAAGGUCACGGAGUGGCAGAAGCAGACUGGUGAUCUGUGGCUCUAUCGCGACGGGCAGAGCGUUACGGGUUUGUCGAGAUAUGCUAAGGAUGGGCUGGAGGUGCCUGAGAGGCUUGACUUUGAUGUUGAGAGGCCUGGAACGGAGGGUGUGGUGAUGACUAGACACCUUGAUAAGGACGCGUAUUCGGCUGGGAUCAAGGAGACGACGUAUUGA